AUGUCGAAACCCAAAGGCGUAUACGACAAUGCCGCGACCGGUGACACAUCCUUUCGCCGCACCUGGGAUCGCGAAGAAUACGCACAAAAGGCUGCGGAACGCCAAAGUCGAGAGGCUAAAGAGCGCAAGGAACGAUAUGAAGCCAAGCUGGCGGGAAAGAAGUACAUACCUAAAUCCGAGGUGGACGCCAACGCUGAGGAGACAAGAUUCGAUGAUUCGAGGAUGAUUGAAGCGAGGAGAGGCCGUAUCCGGCUGGACGAAAACCUCAACAAGGUCCAGAUCGUUCCUCUAGGAACUACCGGUAGCAGAAGGGGGAAGGGGCCGGGAUACUACUGUGAGGCUUGCGAUCUAAACUUUACCAACAGUUUGGAGUACGUCGAACAUUUGAACAGCAAGCAGCAUCUGAAUGCGACUGGUCAGACGGACGUUGUAGAGCGAGCGACAUUGGAAAUGGUGCGGGAGAGGUUAAUUUGGUUGAAACAAAGGAAACACGAGCAGGAUAAGGCGGAGGAAUUCGAUUUGGCCAAACGACUUGCGGAACGUAAAACGAUUGAGGAACAGGAACGGCUAGAAAAGAAGGAGCGUAAAAGGAUUAAAAAGGAAGAAACGAGACAGAAGAAGGUGCUGACAGCUACUGAAACUUCUGAGCAGACUAGUGGGGUUGAUGUUGAUGCGGCAAUGAUGGCACGAAUGAUGGGGUUUGGAGGAUUUACAAGUACAAAAACUCGAUAG